AUGCAUUGGUAUUGGGGUAUCACACGUAGAUGGAUCACGUGUGACCCACAGCCAUCAGCUGGACACAUGCCAUGCCCAUCGACAGACAGUUACAUCCCUAGUGGGAUGAACGAGAGAGAUUACGUCCGUACUUUUGAUAGCAUUGAGGCUGAUAUUGAUGCGCACGUCGUGAGGACAGGUCUCGAUCAUUUGGGCAGGCAUACACUCGGCGCUGACGACGGCACAGUGAUGAUGAUGCCGGCACUUGUUCGCAAUCCGCAUGGAGGGCCGACACUUUGCAUGGCUGAUGGAGCCGCGUCCCGCUCCGUCACCGAGUGUCCUCGCUGCGGCCAAGAUCGUAGGAGCGCACUCGCAGGUCCCCGACCAAACCUCCACCACCCCCUUUCCCUCUGGGCCCACCUCAACCCCCUCCCCCUCGUCGUCCCGACCUCAUUCGCCGGAAAACCCUCGACCGCCCCCCAAGACCACGACGGCGGCGAAGACGAGGACGCCCUACAACCCACAGGCUUCGUCACGCUCUCCCUUCUCCACUGGAGCCACCCCCUCCUGGCGCGCUCGCCUCUCUUCGGCGGCACCUCGCCGAGCUCGAGCGGGCGCUGCUCGAUCAUCGCCGUGACGAGCUCGAGCUCCUCGGCUCUUGACCCGGCGGGGCCCUUGGUGUCGGUGGACCACUUGAGGGCUUACUUGCAGAUCAUCGACGUGGCCUCAAUUUUAGGGCUGGAUCAGGAUAUCCCCGAUCACGCGUUUCAGCUGUUCAAGGAUUGCUCGUCGGUGACCUGCUUGAGGAACCGGAGCGUGGAGGCGCUGGCCACGGCGGCGCUCGUGCAGGCGAUACGGGAGGCGCAGGAGCCCAGGACGGCACAGGAAAUCUCAACUGCUAGCAACCUUCCCCAAAAGGAAAUAGGCAAGUAUAUGAAAAUACUCGGUGAAGCGUUGAAACUUGGUCAACCCAUCAACAGCAACUCGAUAUCUGUUCACAUGCCUAGGUUUUGUACUCUCCUCCAGCUCAACAAAUCUGCCCAGGAGCUUGCAGCACAUAUUGGAGAAGUUGUAAUCAAUAAAUGCUUCUGUACAAGAAGAAACCCCAUCAGCAUCUCCGCUGCUGCCAUUUACCUGGCAUGCCAACUCGAAGACAAACGAAAAACUCAAGCUGAAAUCUGCAAGGUAACAGGUCUCACUGAGGUCACUCUUCGUAAAGUGUACAAAGAAUUAUUAGAAAACUGGGAUGAUCUACUUCCACCUAACUACACUCCAGCAGUGCCCCCUGAGAAAGCUUUUCCUAUGACUUCAAUAACUUCUGGCCGAUCAUCAACUCCUAAAGUUGAAGUUCCUGAAGAUAAGCCUCCAGAGUUAAAAAAAUCUGAGGUUAGAGAAGAAAAUGACCGUUCUUUGGCAUCGUUGUAUACUCGUGAUUUGAAUAAGGCAGCAUUUUGGCAGAAAGAUGAGGCUAAGCAUGUACAUUCUGAGUUUGAUCAGAAGGUCAAUACAGACUCCAUAAUUGAUAGUAGUACAAGAUGGAUGAGGCAAACGAGUACUUCAUCAUCUCAGGGAUACAAUUCUUGGCAAUUUAAUGUACCUGGAUCUUCCAAUGCUCGGUCUGGAAAGCCUCAAAAUGGUUAGGAAACAUGACUGGAAGUGGAAGUGCUGAUGGUGGAUGCUGUGAAAGUUAGGAAAUAAUAGUACGCUGCAAUUUGUAGUCACUGUUCUUCGAGUGUUAUAUGUUAGUAUAUUUGCAAUUUGGAAUUACUAUGGCAAGCACAUAAUUUAUACUGUUUCUUGUGAGGAGUAUAUUGUGUCUUGUGUCGCUUCACUGUAUUGAAGGAUGGCUAAUUACUUAGA